AUGAGCUCAGUUCUCACGAACUGCCGAUCACACCGCUGUCUCGCCAACGAAGACGGUGACGAAUGCUACUGCCGAUAUAAGAUUAACACGUGCGAGCGUGGGCGAAUAAAUGUCGUGUACAAUCAAGGAGUCCACGUGAUGCACGAUAUUCGAGCCACCUCACCACCACGCACUCGCCUCACAGGACCUAUGAAAACAGUCAUAGAGGCCAAGUUAGACCUAUCUCCGCCGGCUUCGACGCAACAGCUAUACGCACACAUUUCGUCGGCUUUAGAACGAAAUGACCUCAAUAGCACAGCUCCGCUAAAACCCAGGUCGACUCAUUCCUGCGGCGCUGGAAUCACCCUGGUCACGACACUAGCCAAGUCUCAGAAAUUGUUGACACUGCGUUGUAUGACGUCUUCGGUUUGA